UGAGUGCAGCGCUGUCUGUUGUUCAGGCGGCUGCGCGUGCUGCCGUACCUGACUGCAGUAUAUAAAGGCGGUCAACGGUCAGAAAUCACAACGGUCAAACCGCCUGAAACGAUCACGUUGUGUUGUUCGCUAACCCCCACCCCUCACCCCCCCCUAAACAACCUUCCACUUCUCCUCUCCGCAAACCGGCAUCUGUGUCUCCCCCCCCCUCCACAAGCCGGGGGAGAGGGGGGGUCCAGCGCGGGGCGAGACCGACGGGAGGACCGACCAGCAUGGACCCCCAAGCGAAGGACCGCACCAGCACGGCGGCGGGGGGCUUCAGCGGUCGCCUAGCCUCCCUGGGAGCCGACGGGGGAGACUCGGAGUCCGGAGCCGGCUCGGAGGAAGCUGCCGUGGGCUGCUGCAGCGACACGUUCAGCAGCCUGCCCGAAAUGGAGCAAGAGACUCUGGAGGAGAAAUUAAGAGGACUGGCGUUCAGAAAGCAGACCUCGUAUCGGAAGGCGAUCUCCCGUUCAGGCCUCCAGCACCUCGGCCCCCCCCAGUCCUCCCUGCCUCCUGCGUCCAACGGCCCCAACAAGGAACUGCGGACCUGCGUGGACUGGACGGAGAACGCCGUGAACGGGGAUCACCUGUGGAUGGAGACCAGUUGUUCAGGAGAGCUGUGUUAUCUCGGAGAGGACACCUGCCUGCUGAAGACCGCAAAGUCGGCCCCCAGGAGGAAAUGCGCAGCCUGUAAGAUCGUUGUUCACACCGGCUGCAUAGAGCAACUAGAGAAGAUUAACUUCCGGUGUAAGCCAACCUUCAGAGAGGGAGGAUCCCGAUGCCUCAGAGAUCAGAACAUACUGAGACAUCACUGGGUCCACAGACGACGACAAGAAGGCAAAUGUAGACAGUGUGGAAAGAGUUUCCAACAGAAGUUCUUCCACAGUAAAGAAAUCAUCGCCAUCAGCUGUUCCUGGUGUAAACAGGCUUUCCACAACAAGGUGACGUGUUUCAUGCUGCACCAGAUCGAGGAGCCGUGUUCACUGGGGGCCCACGCCGGAGUCAUAGUCCCACCGUCCUGGAUCAUCAAAGUCAGGAAACCACAGAGCUCACUUAAGAACUCUGCCAGGAGAAAAAAGCGGACAUCUUUCAAACGAAGGACGAGCAAGAAGGGACUGGACGAGUCUAAAUGGCGUCCGUUCAUGUUGAAGCCGCUCCCCUCUCCUCUCAUGAAGCCCAUCUUGGUUUUCGUCAACCCCAAGAGUGGAGGCAACCAGGGUGCCAAGGUGUUACAGAUGUUCAUGUGGAUCUUGAACCCGCGGCAGGUGUUCGACCUGUCACAGGGCGGACUGCGAGAGGCGUUGGAGUUGUAUCGUAAAGUGCCAAAUCUGAGGAUCCUGGCCUGCGGAGGGGACGGCACGGUGGGGUGGAUCUUGUCUACUCUAGACGAGCUGCAGAUGAACCCCCAGCCCCCGGUCGCUGUUCUUCCUCUGGGAACAGGAAAUGACCUCGCCAGGACGCUCAACUGGGGCGGGGGUUACACAGACGAGCCGGUGUCCAAGGUGUUGUGUCACGUAGAGGACGGGUCAGUGGUGCAGCUCGACAGGUGGAACCUUCUAGUAGAGAAAAGUGCAGUUCAGCCAGAGGAGGGGACACAGAAGCUGCCGCUGAAUGUGUUCAACAACUACUUCAGCCUGGGCUUCGACGCUCACGUCACCCUGGAGUUCCACGAGUCCAGAGAGGCCAACCCAGAAAAGUUCAACAGUCGCUUCCGCAACAAGAUGUUCUAUGCAGGAGCUGCGUUCUCAGAUUUCCUCCAGAGAAGCUCCAGGGAUUUGUCCAAGCACGUCAGAGUGGUGUGCGACGGUACAGAUCUAACCCCCAAGAUCCAGGAGCUGAAAUUCCAGUGCAUUGUGUUUCUAAACAUUCCCAGGUACUGUGCUGGCACCAUGCCGUGGGGAAACACAGGCGACCACCGGGACUUUGAACCCCAGCGUCACGACGACGGCUGCAUCGAGGUUAUCGGCUUCACCAUGGCCUCGCUGGCGGCGCUACAGGUCGGCGGUCACGGAGAGAGACUUCACCAGUGCAGGGAGGUUGUGUUAACUACCUUCAAGACUGUACCUGUUCAGGUGGAUGGUGAGCCGUGUCGACUGGCUCCAUCCACUCUCCGCAUCUCCCUGCGAAAUCAGGCCAACAUGGUCCAGAAGAGCAAGAGACGCACCUCUGUGCCCCUGCUCAACGAUAUUCAGAAGGUGUGUGCAGCUGAUCUGCGCCGCCUCUCUGCUCCCCCCGACUCCUUCUCUGUUCCUCACGCAGUCCCAGAUCGUCUGCGUCUGCGAGUGAACCGGAUCAGCCUCCAGGAGUACGACCGACUGCAGUACGACAAAGAGCGGCUGCGAGAUAUCUCCAUCCCAGUUGGCAUUGUGGUUGUAAGAGGAGACUGUGACCUGGAGACGUGCCGACUCUAUAUUGACAGAUUACAAGAGGACUUACACCAGGCGCCAUCUACUGGCCACAGAGUGCACUAUCAGGAUGAGACCAGAGGUGUCCCCAGGACCAGCUCAUCCAGUAGACUGUCUCCCAACUGGAGCUUCUUGGACUCCACAUCAGCUGAUCGCUUCUAUCGCAUCGACAAGGCUCAGGAGCACCUCCACUUUGUGACGGAGAUUUGCCAGGACGAGGUUUUCAUCCUGGACCACGAGGGACCUGUGGUGAGCCAGGGGUCGUCCACGGGGAUGCCUGAUCUGGUGGUGGAACCUACAGCCGGCGCUCCACUGACACCUGAGGAACAAGCUUUGUUGACAGCUGCCAGUUCUGGAGAUCUGUCUAUGCUGUCGGAGUGCGUGCGUCGAGGCGUCAGCUUGUUGGUUCGAGACUCUGGAGGUUGUUCGGUGUUGCAUAUAUCCGCCCAGAACGGACACUCGGACCUGGUCAGCUACAUCGUGCAGCAGGGCUCCAAAGUGCUUCUGGAUUUGACAGACAGAGAGAAAGGCGACACUGCCUUGCACAAAGCAGCCUGUGAGAAGCAGCAUGCAGUGUGUCGGCUGCUGGUCGAGGCCGGGGCGUCUCUUGAGAAGACCAACUUCCAGGGGAAGACACCGGCGGACCAAGCGGAGGGAGACUCGGAGCUCGCCACCUACCUGAGCGCCCAACAGAACACGUCUUCUACCACCCAGGAAGACUUGGAGACGGCAGUCUGAGGCGCACACACAUACACACACACACACACACACACACACACACACACACACACACACACACACACACGAUCUAUCAGUCUCUCUGGACCCUGAGAGAAAAGCGUUGAAAGAAUGAACAGAGUCUGGCUCUGACUCCGGCGUCUCGACAGACGAACCGGAGCAGCGACGAACUGCUUCAGCUCGCAGCAGCACUGCAGUGGAGAUUUUAAUGCUCAGCUAUUUAUUUGUAUUUAUUUAUUCAUAUUCUAUUUAUUGGUUGUGCUGAUUGAUUGACUGAGUGAUCGAUUGUAGGACCAUUAGCGGCUCAGGAUGCGGGUGCACUUUGAGCAGGUCGACAGUUCACUUGCUGAAGGGAUUUAUUUUGCUCAUGAAUCGUGGGGGUCAGUCAGACUUCCACAGUGGUCGACCGUGUGUUGAUUAUGCAUUUAAAUAUACAAAUAACAUAAAUGCUCACUUCAGAACUGAUAGUAAUAGUAAUAGAAAUAUUUGGGUUUAUGUGUUUACCCCAUAAAACCUGUGUGCCAAAGACAUUGCACUGAUGUAGUGUCACGCCGAGUCCACACCGUCACUAAACGCUCCGUCACGUCAUUCGGUUUCUCUCAGGAACCGAAGCUGUAAACCUGCAUCUCUUAACGCCAACUUAUGCAACGAUCACAUUCUGGUUCCAUUCAGCAUCGUCACUGCUCAGAGCUCUGAUAUCAUGACAAACUAGAAGUCCCGAUUAUUCCAGCAGCUGCUUUUGAAACCACAAGUCCACAUCAAGAAACAAAACAAACAAAACAAAUACAGGAAACAUCAGGAUCUCAGGUGGUUUCAGAAAGUCCCCGCUCUGAGGGGGACGUACCUUCCAACUGCCCGGCAACUAUGAGGGUGGAGUCUCCGAUUGUCUUUGGGACAAUGAAGUUAAGGCUUUGUUUAUGCAGAGGAAAGUGGAGUAAACAUACCUUCACAUACACACAACACUGGUGUGGUGACUCUCCCUUUCUACCGUCACAAACCAGUAAACCAGAGAAAACGGCGACUUUAAAGCGCCUCCAUGUUCGGUGGAGGAGUCUGAAGACUUUGCUGUCGCUGCGUUUUCAUACAGCUUUUUUAUUGACUCCUGACCUUCAUUACAUUGUAUGGAGCACAAACAAUAUAAAAGAAUGACAAUAACAUACAAGAACAUGAUUAAUCACAAUAAAACGCCACCGAAAGUCAAGAAAUUAUAUUGAAUAAUUGGACUGGGAUUGGGUUGUUGGACUGUUGCUAAAACAAAAACAAAAGACGUAUGAAGACGACAGCUUUGGCUUUGAGUAAAUAUGAAACAUAUUUUUAGACCAAACAAUGAAUCGAUUAAUCCAGAGAAUAAUCAUCCAUCAGCUGAUAAUGAAAGACUUAAACACACAGGUGUUAGAGAAACUUUAGCAAGUGCAGCCGGUUGAUUUUGGAGAACAGACCAGGGUAUUUAAGUAUAAUCGAUAAUCAAUACACCUGUUCAUUUCACACCCAAAAAUAUUUAAACUGUGUGUGUAUCUGGUACUCCUGACCCGACAAGGCUUUUCACAUGCAGCUUGUGUGUGUGUGUGUGUGUGUGUGCGUGCGUGCGCGUGUGUGUGUGUGUGUGUGUGAGAGAGAUAACAUGUCCCAUUCCAUAUCAAAUCUAAAAAGAGACGCACGUACACCUGCAACAGAAAGAGACUUCACUCCGCUCUGUGCAGCAUGUACGUAACUACAGACUGUGUUGUGUUGUGUGUGUGUGUGUGUGUGUGUGUGUGUGUGUGUGUGUGUGUGUGUGUGUGUGUGUGUGUGUGUGUGUGUGCAGCACUUAUCCAAGAAGAAAUUAAAAAUCUGAGCCAUAUUCAAUGCAAUAUGAAUGGAUGACGUCUUUUUGCAUUUCUCUAUUAAUCGUUUACAUUACAUUAAUGUUUUUAACAUAGUCGACCUUUUAGCACCGAGGACUAAUGAAUGUGCAAUUUUACUUCAGUGCUGGUUGGGUUUAUGAUUGUCUUGUUAUUUUGGUUUUAUUUCUUUUCUUUUGUGCGCAUGUUUGUCAACGGACUGAACUCUGAAACAACCCUGUGAGCUCUCUUUAGAUAUAACCUGUUGUAAACUAAAUUGAUAAACACCGUAGGAACCGCUUUCCCGAGGUAUUUGUGGGGGACCUUGAAUAUUUUAAAGACUUGACGCGUAGCCAUCGUAGAAGUCUGGCUUUUCAACUUCACCGCACAUGUUUUAAACCCGUUUUCAGCCGCUGCAAAGAUUCAUAGUAUAAAUCAUUUUAAAUCACUGGUUUUAAGGAUCAGUGUCUGAAUACAGGCUGUGUGCGUUUCUCUGUGGACUGAGGCUUUGAUACUUUCACAGUAUUAAUAUAGAAGCUAGAGCUGAUCUAUAAUCAAACACACGGACAGAGAUCUUUAGACUGGAUGGGACCUUUUUAAGGAUCAUUUUCAAGGUGAAACCCUAACCUUUGAUUCUUCAGUAUUUAUAAUUGUGUAUUCUUAUUUAAUGUCUUGUAAGAGUAUAAACGUGACAACUCGUCCUGGUUAGAGCUGUGUAACUGCUGAUGGUGAUGUAUGUUUUCCUAUAAACCACCUUUUCAUUUCAUGAGAAGAAGCCAAACUUAUCAAAUGUUAGAUAUUGUCCAAACAUACGCACUUUUUUUGCCUCCUUUAAAGGGACAUCGUCACGGUUAGUGUUGCUCUGCCUGUUGAGGAACUUCCUUUUUUUUUUUUAAAUAAAUAUCUGUGAUGCAGGACUUCUACGAUGGCUGCCGCCGUCAGCAUCCGGCGCUCAGAGCUUCCUCUCAGUGUCUGGACUCAAAAAUGUGUGUAAAUGAAAAAUCCUUGAACUGAACUACCUGUGAAUGGUGACGACAUUUUCUAUGAAGUGACUGUGGUAAUAAGCUAGGCCCGACACACACACACACACACACACACACACACACACACACACACAAGCUUCUUAUCACUCUUUCUAUUCAGUAGGAACAUGACUUUGUAUGAAAUCGUGUCUCUCAUCAGCGUUGGUUAUGCAUGACAUUUUCUUACAUCCUUGGGAUUAUUUUCUGGUAAUAUAAAAAAAAAAAUGGCAUUAUUGUUGUUUAAACUAUUAAAUUAUUAUAGUUUUAAAUGAGUUUUACCUGAGUUUCUUCUUAGGUUGUGUUUGUUCUUUUGCUUUUGUACAUUUCUUUUAUUUUCCUGCCACAUGACGAUGAUGAUGAUGAUGAUGAAGAUGAUGAUGGGAUUACUUGAAGUUUGUUGUUUUAUUUUCUUCAUCUGUUAAAAGAACAUAUGACGCUGUAGUUGUUGCCUCUGAUGUUAUUUCCUGGUUGCUGAGGAAACUCCCCUCGGGAAAGUCACUGAGCUGUUUCUCCUUUUUGAACAGAGGCCAUCAUUCUUCACCGGCAGCCAGCUGACGUUAUGAAGACGAAGCUUCUUCACAUAGACUUUAUGAAAACUUUACCCCAAACUAGAAAUGAAACAGUUCCUCUGUCUGAACCAAACUUCACGGCAGUUUAAUCCAAUACGUUUUGAGAUAUUUCACCACCAGUGUCAGCCUGUUGGCGGCACGAGAGGUCACCGCAGUCACAAUGAUUCAUCCUCCGGGGAACACGAACGUCUGAACCGAAUUUUUUAUUGACAAUCCAUCCAGUAGUUGUUGAGAAAUUUCAGUUUGGACCGAAGUGGUUGAUCGACUGACAGACGCUUCUUCUACUGGGCUGAAAAUAUUUAGCACUUAGCAUUAAAAACAUACUUCACUCAUAUCCAAUUCAACUUUUAUUUUUUAAUUUACAUCCACUGACAUUCUUGUUUGUCAUCAUCACUUUUGGUUACGAUCAGUUAUUGACAAAAAAAAAAGCUGCACCAAAAACAUCCAAUCACAAGAAUUUAAAUUCAGCUUUGAAUUCAUUAAAGAUGAAUUUGCUGCUGUGAGUUUGUCCACACAUAAAUCCUGAAACUAAAAAUAACAGUGUUUGUUUUACUGAACCUGAAGCGCCAGGCGGGUGGAGUUAAGUCUUAAGGAGUGGAGUUAAGUUUUAACUGUCGGGGAAGUUGAUGCUGAAAUUUUAAAUUAAUUUCAAUACUCUGUGGUUACUUCAUUUCAGUAUGAAAAUUAUAUUUGAAUGAUACAUUUACCUGAUUAUAAUAAUAGUUUUGUGUCAGUUUUUAUCAUAUUCUUUUGGUAUUUUAUCUUGACUCUUGGCUCGAGGUCAACACAGAAAUCUAAAAUCAGUUUCGACACUUUAAUGCUUCUUCAAACUAUGAAAAUGAUCUUAAACAAGGAUUUUAACCACCAGUGUUGGGAUGUUACUUCUAUAUGAGCAUUUCACUCACCUUUAGUUAUACAGAAAGUUAUGAGCACGUUAUAUCGAUAGAUUUGACUCUUUUAAAUGACAGAAGUAAUUUUGAGGUUCAAUGUUCAGCAGAGGAAACUGGCAUCUUAAACUAACAUUGUGUUUUGAAGGUUUUGAAGAGAUAAAAUUAGCUUUAUCUUUGUUUUAAACAGGUUUGUACAUCAGCUUACUAAUCAAGUACUUAAAACUCACUGUGUCUCUUAAUAUCAAAGUCCUCUAAAUAACAUUUGUCUCCAGUGUCCACAGACUGUAAAGGUCACCUCUGUUAAUCAUUGUCUCAGUACUGCAGGGUGUGGACUUGUUUUAUCGUGUAAUCUUAGAAUCAAAAUGCUUUUAUUUCUCCAACAAGCAGUGACUUGUUAGAUAUGAGACUCUACUGCCAUUAGAAACAGCUCUAUUAGUCUUCCACACAUUCCUUGUUUAAUAUUUCAGUGCUCGUGAUAUUUUUAGAUUAUUAAAAUCAGAAUAUCAGGAAGGCUUCACGAUUUCCUGAUCGCUUUGCCCUUUGAUGUUCAGCCUAAAGAGGAUGUGAACUGUCACCUGGGCUCCUGUGUAAAACACACAGGCCACUGUGAGAUUCCUCUGGUGCUUGUAAAGGUAAAUAUACAACCUGAGUCACAGCUGGGAGUUUCCUACAGGGAUCACAUGCCUGUGGUCGGAGGAUUUAUCUCAGUGCAAGGUCCAAUCAGCCGCUGCUCUGGACUUUUCAGACACAUAUUUUCACAUUUAUUGGAACAGAGCUGAGUUUUCUCUGAAUGUCUCGUCUUCACGUUGGUUCAGAAAUCAAAAUGAAAAGUUCAUUGUUGUUCACUGAAGCCUCAGAAACUAAAUCCAAGAUUUCGCAACAUGAUCAAAAGCCCCAGGACUGUGACUAAAUGGAGCUUCUGGUUUAAUUGUUUCUCAUCUGCCACAGUUACACAUUAUAAACUACUGGAACAGGUUAAACUGGUUUUAUGUUGUCAGUAGAAUGAGUCUAAAAACAGAGUCAAACAGUCCAGACCUGUUUUAAAACCAGAUAAAGUGAGAAAAGUCACUGAAACUGAAAGAAAAUAGCUAAUUUUAGAUAUUUUUUUAAGUUUACAGGGUUGUAUGGAAGCCUGUUUCUGCUAGUAAAAGAAAAAAAAUAGUCAUGAUUAAAAAUAAAAUGCUCUUGAUGAGUAAAAAUGUUAACUUUCAAUCUCAUAAUUUAGAUUUUUUUGUCAUAAUUUUGACCCUGUAUCUCAUAAAUUUGACUUUCUGUCUCAUACUUUUGACCAUGUCUCAUGGUUGAUUUUUUUGUUUGUUUUUUUUUAUCACAAUUAUUUAUUUAUCUAUUUAUUAUUCACAACAUGUAUGUUUCAGAAAUUGGACAGAAAUGUUUUUGUCUGGAAGAAAACGUCACUUCAUAUUCUUAUCACCACCAUCCCUGUUUCCUCUUCCUGACUGCUCAUUCAAAACAACAGCAGGUUUAGUUUUCUGCCUUUCACCAACACAGAGACAUUCUGGAUGUUUCUGUCGAAAUUUGCUCUUUUUUCUUUGUGACUUUGCACUUUUGUGGACUUUAAAAUGUUCAUUGGAAGACAAUAAAAUCAUGUAUAUAAAUCUGAGGUGAUGACAAAAGCAUGCCAGGCUGUACAGUUGUAACAACGUUUGAGUAACCUUAUUAUUUUAGAAAAAAUAAAGUUAAUAAACACAACUUUUA